GGAGGUCGGUAUGUGAUUGGCCAGGCGGGGGGACUGGUAAGUCCGGAGGCUGGGCACUGUGCUCCGCGUUGAUUCCCCCCGUGUUCUUGUUUACACCUUUCGGACCGGGGACGAGAUAAGAAGACUAACCCUCUCCGGAGGACGCAGCAGAACCCAGGAGGAGCCCCUGUCUGCAGCGGACGUGCCUACCUGACAGCAUCUCCCCGCGGUGCUUUAAUCUGCGAGUUUGUUCUUCGCUGGGAGUGUGGGACUCUCUGGUUCAAUUAAUUUUCUUUUUUUUAAUGCGGAGCUGAAAUGCGUCAAACUUUUUGGUGACUUUUCGGCUCUGCGCUCAUGGCUGCCAUUCGAGCAGGUUUCGAGCGCGGCUGGAAAUGAAAUGUAUCAGGAAUAGCCCCGAGAUUUUGUUCUUUUAUAUCCACAAGUUCUGAUAUCUACGGACCUCCUCAAACUUUGAUUACGCGCGGACAUGACACCUUUUCUCGGAUGUUAAAAUCGCCGCUCGGGGAUGGAUGUGUUUUGAGCGUUUUAAUCUGUUUGCGUCAAAACAACGAUUUCCAGCAUCAGAUACUGGACUAAUUGAUUCACGUUUCCUCGAGAACUCUUUCAGGGGGGGUGGAAGACUCUUUUUGGGGAAAAAGAGCCACUCAUUGUGUCUCAAGCGCCGCAGGUUACGCUGCGUGGACAACCCGGGACGAUUGGCAAGUGGCGUAGCCGGAAAAGAUGCUCUCUGCUCGGGUGCAGCGUGAGCCAUGCCUCGCUCCUCUGGUUCUUCUCCUCCUGGUUGGGGGAUAUGUCGUGGCUGGUACUGAGAGCACCGACUACAGCGACGCCGAGGUCCUCCCCGACUCCUACCCGUCAGCGCCGGCGGAGCCUCUCCCAGAGUUCCUGCUCGAGCCGGAGGACGCUUUCAUCGUGAAGAACCGGCCGGUCCAGCUCCGGUGCCGAGCCUCGCCGGCCACUCAGAUCUACUUCAAGUGUAACGGAGAAUGGGUCAAUCAGAACGACCACGUCACCAGGGAGAGCCUGGACCAAGUCACAGGUCUGGUGGUGCGAGAGGUGGAUAUCUCCGUGUCGAGGACUCAGGUGGAGGAGUUGUUUGGGUUGGAGGAUUACUGGUGUCAGUGUGUGGCCUGGAGCUCUGCUGGCACCACCAAGAGUAACCGAGCCUACGUUCGCAUUGCAUACCUGAGGAAGAACUUUGAGCAGGAGCCGCUGGGGAGGGAGGUGCGACUGGAGCAGGAGGUGCUGCUGCAGUGUCGCCCCCCGGAGGGCAUGCCAGCUGCAGAGGUGGACUGGCUGAAGAACGAGGACCUCAUAGAUCCGUCGCAGGACUCGAACUUUCUGAUCACCAUCGAUCACGAUCUGAUCAUCAAACAGGCCAGACUCUCCGACACGGCCAACUACACGUGUGUGGCUCGUAAUGUGGUGGCCAAGAGACGCAGCAGCACGGCGACCCUUAUUGUUUAUGUGAGCGGAGGUUGGUCUUCUUGGACUGAGUGGUCGGAGUGUAACGCUCGAUGUGGGCGGGGCUGGCAGCGACGGACGCGCAGCUGCACCAAUCCAGCCCCUCUGAAUGGAGGAGCCUUCUGUGAGGGCCCGCCCUUCCAGAGAGUCACCUGCACCACGCUGUGCCCAGUCGACGGAGGCUGGACAGAGUGGGCAAAGUGGUCCGCCUGUGGGACCGAGUGCACCCACUGGCGCAGUCGUGAGUGCCAGGCCCCCCCGCCCAGAAACGGAGGAAAGCACUGCGGCGGCAGCAUGAUGGAGAGCAAAAACUGCACAGAGGGACUGUGUGCGCGCAAUAAAAAGAUUUCAAUUGAACAUGCAAGCCAUCCGCUCGCCCCCGGUAUGGGUGUCGCGGUCUAUGCCGGUCUGGUGGGCGCCCUGCUGCUGUGUGUGAUCCUGGUGUUGUGCGUCGGGGUGCUCGCGUAUCGCCGCAGAUGCCGCCAUCUCCACGGCGACAUCACCGACUCCUCUUCGGCUCUCACCGCCGCCUUCCACCCUGGAAACUACAAGCCUCCCAGACAGGAUAACCCUCACCCUCUGCAUCCCUCGGCCCCUCCCGAUCUGACGGCCACAGCGGGGGCUUUCCGGGGCCCGCUCUUCUCCCUGCAGCAGGGAGUGAACGACAGCCCGCACAAAAUCCCCAUGACCACCUCCCCCCUGCUGGACCCCCUGCCCGGCCUCAAAAUCAAGGUGUACAACGGCUCCACGCUCUCCUCCCUGGAGCUCCCCCCGGACAUGUACCUGGGCGACGGGGAGAUCCUCAGCCUGAAGUCGGUGGGCACCGUGGGGAGAGAGCGAGACUACCACAGCCACACGCUGUCCAGAGAGCCCGGGCUGAGCACCAGCGCCACUCUGGGUGCACUGGGAGGACGUCUGACCAUCCCAAACACAGGUGUGAGUCUCCUGGUCCCUCCCGGCACGAUCCCCCAGGGGAAGUUCUACGAGAUGUACCUCAUCAUCAACAAGUGGGACAAAACGACGCUUCCCUCCGAGGGCAGCCAGACCGUCCUGAGUCCUGUGGUGAGCUGCGGCCCGUCCGGCAUGCUGCUUAACCGCCCCGUGGUCCUUACUCUGCCGCACUGUGCCCAGCUCGACACGCCGACGCCUGACUGGACCCUCACGCUGAAGACGCAGACGCACCAGGGCGCCUGGGAGGAGGUGCUGACGGUAGGAGAGGAGACGUUGUCGUCUCCUUGCUACCUGCAGCUGGAGGAGGAGUGCUGUCACGUCCUCAUGGAGCAGCUGGGGACAUACGGCCUGGUGGGCCAGUCCUGCCCCCCUCAGCCCGCCUGCAAACGCCUUCAGCUGGCCCUGUUCGCCCCUCGCGCCCCCUGCCUCUCCCUGGACUACAGCCUGCGUAUCUACUGCAUCCACGACACCCCGCACGCGCUCAAGGAGGUGCUGGACUUGGAGAGGAGUCUCGGUGGAGUUUUGCUGGAGGAUCCCAAGCCGCUGCUCUUCAAAGACAGCUACCACAACCUCCGCCUGUCCAUCCACGACAUUCCUCACACCCACUGGAGGAGCAAACUACUGGCAAAGUACCAGGAGAUCCCCUUCUACCACAUCUGGAGCGGCAGUCAGAGACCCCUGCACUGCACCUUCAGCCUGGAGAGAGGCAGCCUGGCCGUGUCUCAGCUCAGCUGUAAGAUCUGCGUGCGACAGGUGGAAGGGGAGGGACAGAUAUUCCAGCUGCACACGGACAUUCAGGAGACUCUACCGCCUCACUCGCCCCUCCCCUCAGGAGGAACCUGCCUGCCCUCCUCUCAGGUGGGACCUUACGCCUUUCGCCUGCCUGACUCCAUCCGCCACAAGAUCUGUGCCAGUCUGGACGCGCCCAGCGCUCGAGGAUGUGACUGGAGACUGCUGGCCCGCAGUCUGGGCUUCGACAGGUACUUGAACUACUUUGCAACAAAGCCGAGCCCCACAGGUGUUCUGCUGGACUUGUGGGAAGCUUGUCACCAGGCCGACGCAGACCUGGUCUCUCUGGCGACCGCGCUGGAAGAGAUGGGCAAAAGUGAGGUGCUUGUUGUCAUGACAACGGAUGGGGAUUGUUGAUUGGUAAAAGGAACAAGAGAGCAAGACAGACUCCUUCUUUUUUUUUUUUUCUUUCUUUUUUUUUUGCACACCGCCGUGAUGAAAAAUAAGAAUAUGCACACGACUCGGGCAACAAUUCACAAAGCCCACAGAGGCAUUUUUUUGUCUCCUUCACAUGAACUGUAUUACCUCUGCCUCAUCUUCCUUUCACUGCCCCCCCCCCCCCCUCUCCCCAGAUCAGCCACUGUAGCCACCAAACCCACCAUGAAACCCGGUCCCCCACGUGGCGGGCCAUCCUAAAAUAACUGCUAACCCCGAUUUCCACUCGAAAUCCUCCAAAGCAACGUAGCAUCUGCGAGAUGUGAGAGCAAAUUUGAGGGGUAUGAAGGCGUAAAAAAAAUGGGUGUUAAGUAAUCUGUCAGAUGACGAGCGUCUCUGCGACAGAUUGAAAAUGACACUAUUGUUGUGUAUGAAUGAUACAGCUUUCGGGACAAACAAAAAGGCUCGCGCAGCGUCAUGAAAACACAAAUGCUAACUCGGGAUUAGCCAUGUUUCGGUAGCAGCAUGAAAGAGCAUGACUGAAAACCGUCUCACCACAUGGCAGGGGCUUUUUUGUUUUUUUGUUUUUUUGUUUUCCAACAUCUUCGUUCUGAGUGUGCAGUGAAUGACGGGCAGCACCGAUCUGUCUGCAUCCUCCUCAGGCUACACACACACACACACACACACACACACACACACACACACACACACACACACACACACACACACACACACACACACACACUGAAACGCUGGUCAUUCAUCGGCUCUGUAGAUGAAAGGCUCCGUUUGUCUUUUUUCUUUCUGCGUUCGACUGUCCACAAACUGAAAGAUGAGGACUUGGAAAACCCUCAGAGUUUGAGGGCUGGAGCACGUCGAGGCGGGCUGACAAACAUUGAAAAAAAAGCCGCCUCUUCUUUGUCGGUCGGCGGAUGCAUUGAGACGUCCCUCGAAGAAUUGGCGGCUAACUAGACCGAUUGACUCUUUAUAUUGUACCAACAAAUGCCUCAAAGCCUUGGCAUAUCAUUGCAACUCACAGGGGUGUUUUUCUCUUUCAUCUCUCCUCGCUUUUUCCCUCUAUCGCUCCUCCACACUCCUCCGAUCUGUCGAGAAGAAACCGCAGGAGCGCUUUCCAGUCGUCCCUUAAAAAAAAGUUUCCUUUGGGGGAACGCUCUUUAAGUUAUUGUCCAUAUUUGUGGAUUGUUUUUUUCUUUCUCUCUCUCUGUCAUCACUGUUAACGAUCACUGUUCUACCGUCUCUGCUUGGUUGGACUGCUGAGCUGCUGUGGAUUAUUUAUGAUUCCAGUCGAACAGAGGGGUGUACUAAGAAGCAGGAUUAGUUAGAGUUAGGCAGAGAAGAAAAGAGAAGCUGCCUCUGUUCUCAGACGGGCCAGAUCCCAAAUCUAGAAGGUUGUCAGAGAUCUCGAUUCUUUCUGAUUCCAUAUGAUGUUAUAAAACUAAACAAUCUGUUAUUAUACUGAUAGUAAAGUCGACUUCUUUAUCUAAAACUCAUCUGAUGUUUAAUGACCUCCGUACUCAAUGUUAUUGAGUUUGAUUCAUGCUAGCAUAAGGCCCCGUGUCCACCUAGCGUUUUUCUCUUAGCGAGCAGAAAGCGGCCUCCCUGGACGAAAAGUGCAGCGCCCAGCAUCUUUUUAACAAGCGCUCUGCCAAAUUUGUGCGGCCGAUCUGAGCGCUGAAGUUGAAAAUCUUUCAACUUUUUCAGAAAGGCGCUGUAGACGUCUCGGGCGCUCUUUUACAAAUCUAUAAUGUUCUCAGUAUUUUAGCCGCCUACAGAUCGUGUCUUGUACUCACAUCAUCCUCUUUGCUCCUCGUCUGAAAAAAAAUAAACGAUCUCAAAUAUAAAACAUGCAGUAAAAAGUAACGGAGCGGCCGUUGUCAACAGACUGUUGUCAUGGAGACAGGAAGGACGUGCAAUCACUCCCGAGCGCAGACUGCCCUAAAAAAAAAAAAGCUAGGUGGACACGGGGCCUUACAUUAGCUUUCUGGCUAACAGCUGAGCUUUAGGGUUCAUUCAGCUGAGAGGACUAAUUUAUCUCGUUGCUAGGUCGUAUCUAUGGCCCGUCCUGUUGACUGGAGUCGUGACAUGAAGAAGAAGAAGAACCUCAUGGGAUUGUAAUGACUGUUUAUCAGUGAUAUCAGUCAAACCCUUUCAGGUGUUGCCAUGGAAACGAGUUGUUGUUUGUCAUAUUUGGACGGCAAAACUCAUGAACUUAUGGAUGGAUGAUCUCAUAACUUUUCUCUUUGGCAAGUGACCGCGGUAUAAUCGGGAUAAUGCCCUUCGAGGUGUCAAUAAUCAGGAGUUAACGGACGACACGGAGGCCUGAACCGUCCGACGCGCAGCAAAUUUGAAGUCCUGAUAAUGGACGCCUCGUCAGGCAUUAUCCUUAACAUGAUUCCUUGGCUCUUCGAUACAUUUUUUCAUCGAAUCCAAGGAUUCUGCAGAGAGUGCAGGGUGAACAAACAUAUAAAAUAUCUAAAAAGAAAUACUUAAUUUUCUCGCUGAUGUUCUCGUU